CAAAUCCAAUAAUCCAAACAUAACCUUAUAAAUUUAGAGACAGCUGUUUGUUGUUUUUAAUGACGAAUUAUAUUCUUUGGGCGAAUUAUGACGGAUUCUGUAAGAUAUUGCUCUGUGUGUAGAACAAAUUCCAGGGACUAUAAUAGGUUGAGUUUCUUUCGGUUUCCCAAGGAUGAAAAACGAUUUGCAGAAUGGAGGAAAAUCCUUCAAUGUGAAAAAAUUGCCAUGCACAGUGCUCAAUAUUGUUAUGAAAGGUAUAAAGUAUGCGCCUUACAUUUUGAGGAUAAGGCCUUUGCAGGAUUUGGGAAAUGCAGGUUAAAAAAAGAUGCAAAACCAUCUAUUCAUCUUGUGAGCAACAUUAAAGUUGAAUGUACAGAAGAGCCCUUUGAACCCGAUCCACUUUGGUAGAAAUUGGCAAUAGAUUUGAGGAAAAUAAAUGUGAUGCAGUUACUCGAAAAAUCAAUACUUUAUAAAUCUAAAAAUUACAAUAAAAUGUUAUUUCAA